UUGAAAAGAAGCGUCUGUGAGCCACAUGCUCAUUAACUGCGCCAGACUUGAGACUUCCAGGCAGCGUAAGGCAAGAUGGUGUGGAAUCGCGUCAAGUUCCCCAACAUGGCGGUGACCUUCAUGGGCAAGAACGCACGCACACGGCUGCGUGACAACCAGUACGUCUUCCGCGUAGAGCCGCACUACACCAAGCACGAGAUCAAGGAGUAUCUGACCAAGGUUUACGACCUUCCAGUGGCUAAGGUCAACACCAUGAACUACGAAGGCAAGUUUAAACGCGCAUUCCGUGGGCGAUACGUGUACAAGGAGAAGGACUGGAAGAAGGCCAUUGUGACCCUCAAGGAGUAACUUAGGCGCGUAGUUAAGGCGGUGGAGACAGCUACACAUUCUAGCAGCGGAUAUAGGGCUAACUCAACUGCUGAAUGGAAGGAUAUAUCCACCGUAUUCUUUGUGUUUAAAACCUGUCAUCAUAGCAAAUAUCCUCUUACAGACGCAAUAAUAAAACACAGCCACGCGCAGUUCUUCCACUGCUCCGAUGUUAUGCCUG